AGACAAUCUCAUUGCAAACUAUUAUGUUCUCAAAGACGAACUUGCUCUCCGCUGCCCUUGCGGUUGGAUAUCUUGCUGUUGGCACAAGUGCUGGAGCAGGUGCCUAUGUGAAUGGUUGCGUUUGGUAUGCCACCAAGCCUAUCACGCCAUUCAAUGUCACAUUUCAAGUCCCUACAAGCGUAGUCCACUGCAUGUACGACAAAGGCACCAACGCCCAGGCUGUCGUCACUACUGAUGGUCUAACUUGUGCCUCAGUUGGUCACGUCUCCGGCAAGUCAUCAUCCUCGGGUGGUGAUACAUGCGCUACAGACGAUAGUCGCUGGGGUAUUAGCUACACUGCAGGUUCGAAGUCUGGGACUACAUACAGUACCUGGAGUGCACCAAUUUUCAAGAGCGAUCAUAUCGAUCUGUAUGAUCAGAGCCCAGGGACCAAUAUCUGUGGAUCAGCAGCAAAAUGUGAUGCUAGCAGUAUCAAAAUUGGAUCUAGUGGAAAUGAUAAUGUUUGGAUUAUUUUCGACCCGGCUGCGAGCUCGAAAGCUGACGUCAAAGAUUCUGAGGAGUUGUAGGCUGUGAGAACUGAAGGUUGAUUGCGUUAAGUUAGCCUUGACUGAUUGAAUGGUCUGACCAGCGUAAUGUAUCAGCGCCCCAAGAGAAUAUCUAAGACACUGCAC